CGGGCAGGCCUGGGUCAUGGCCGGCGGGGCCGCGCAUCCGGGGGCCGAGCUGCUGGCCUUUGCGCGGUUCCUGGACUCGAGCCUGCAGCCUCUCGUCUACGGGUACGGCCCGGGCAGCCUGCACGAGCUCCGGGCGCGCGAGUUUGGCCGCCUGGCAGGAACUGUCUAUCUUGACCAUGCAGGAACCACAUUGUUCCCCCAGAGCCAGAUUACAAGCUUCAUGAAAGAUCUCAUGGAAAACAUUUAUGGUAACCCUCACAGCCAGAACAUCAGCAGCAAGCUCACCCACGACACAGUGGAACACGUGCGCUUCAGGAUCCUGGCGCACUUCCACACCUCCCCAGAGGACUACACGGUGAUUUUCACCUCCGGGAGCACGGCUGCUCUUAAACUGGUGGCAGAGGCUUUCCCGUGGGUGUCCCCAGGCCCGGAGGGCAGCGGCAGCUGCUUCUGUUACCUCACCGACAGCCACACGUCCGUGGUGGGCAUGAGGAAGAUCACCGCGGCCAUGAACGUCACUUCCAUCCCGGUCAGGCCAGAGGACAUGUGGUCCGCGGACAGACAGGACGCGGCUGCGGCCGGGGACCCCACUGGGGACCCGGCUGGCCAGCCUCCGCAUCUCUUCUGCUACCCGGCUCAGAGUAACUUUUCCGGAACCAGAUACCCCCUGUCCUGGAUAGGCGAGGUCAAGUCCGGGCGGAGGCGCCCUGCAAGCCGGCCUGGGAAGUGGUUCGUACUGUUGGACGCGGCCGCCUUCGUGGGCACCUCGCCUCUGGACCUGUCGGUUCACCAGGCCGACUUUGUCCCCCUCUCCUUCUAUAAGAUCUUUGGCUUCCCCACCGGCCUGGGCGCUCUGCUGGUGAAUAACCGUUUGGCUCCUCUGCUGAGGAAAACCUACUUUGGAGGAGGCACUGCCGCUGCAUACCUCGCGGGAGAUGACUUCUACGUCCCGAGAGAGUCGGUGGCUGAGAGGUUUGAAGAUGGCACCAUCUCCUUCCUUGACGUGAUAGCACUAAAACAUGGAUUUGAUGCCCUAGAGCGCCUCACAGGCGGGAUAGAGAACAUCCGGCAACACACCUUUACCCUGGCUCAGUACACCUACGCGGCCUUGUCCUCCCUGCGGUACCCCAACGGAGCCCCGGUCGUGCAGAUUUACACUGACUCUGAGUUCAGCAGCCCAGAGGUGCAGGGUCCGGUCAUCAGCUUCAACGUGCUCGAUGACAACGGGAACAUCGUUGGUUACUCCCAGGUGGAUAAAAUGGCCAGCCUUCACAACAUCCAUGUGCGAACCGGCUGCUUCUGUAACACUGGGGCCUGCCAGAGGCACCUGGGGAUAAGCGAUGAGAUGGUGAAGAAGCAUCUUCAGGCUGGUCACGUCUGCGGAGACGAUGUGGACCUCAUAGAUGGGCAGCCGACGGGCUCUGUGAGGAUUUCUUUUGGAUACAUGUCCACGCUUGAGGAUGCCCAAGCCUUCCUCAGGUUCAUCAUAGCAACCCGACUGCGCCCGUCUCACGGCCAGCCUCUCCCUCUGGCCACCCCCGGGGAAGCUGGAGCCCCGCCAGAAGACAGCGAGGCUCAGAACGCCGUGCCUGCCAUCCGGGCCAGAGGUAGCCACUCACCUCAGGAAGACGCUUCCCCACACUCUGGGGUUUGGAACAACUCGCCCGCCACUGUGGACACAGAGGGUCCGCCCCUGCUGGAGGCCACCGGAACCCAGCAGACCACUUCAGAGAAAGCUGCUGACGUCCCGGAUGGGGACCUCAGGUCACACGUUGUCACCAACCUUUAUCUCUACCCGAUCAAGUCCUGUGCAGCGUUUGAGGUGACCAGGUGGCCUCUAGGAAGUCAAGGGCUGCUGUAUGACCGAAGUUGGAUGGUUGUGAAUCACAACGGCAUUUGCCUGAGUCAGAAACAGGAGCCCCGGCUCUGCCUGAUCCAGCCCUUCAUUGACCUGCAGCGGAGGGUCAUGGUCAUCAAAGCCCAAGGGAUGGAGCCUAUAGAGGUGCCUCUUGAGGAGAACAGUGAGCAGGUUCAGAUUUGCCAAAGCAAAGUCUGUGCGGACAGGGUAAACACAUACGAUUGUGGAGAAAAAAUUUCCAACUGGCUGUCAAAGUUUUUUGGCCGUCCCUAUCAUUUGAUCAAACAAAGUUCAGACUUUCAAAGAAAUGCAAAGAAGAAACACCGCAAAGAUCAGUCUGCUCAUACAACAGCUGCCCUUUCUCUGGUGAAUGAGGCACAAUAUCUGCUCAUAAACAGAUCCAGUAUUUUGGAACUUCAGCAGCAAUUAAGCACAAGCUGUGAGAAUGGCAAAGAAGAAUUAUUCCCAAUGAACAAUCUCAUCUCACGAUUCCGUGCCAAUAUUAUUACCAAUGGAACAAGGGCUUUUGAAGAAGAGAAAUGGGAUGAAAUUUCAGUUGGUUCCUUGCGUUUCCAGGUUUUGGGACCUUGUAACAGAUGUCAGAUGAUUUGCAUCGAUCAGCAAACUGGACAACGAAACCAAGAUGUUUUCCAAAAGCUUUCUGAGAGGCGAGAGAGAAAGGUGAAAUUUGGAGUGUAUCUGAUGCAUACGUCUUUGGAUUUAUCUUCUCCAUGUUACCUCUCCGUAGGAUCUCAGGUGCUCCCUCUGCUGAAAGAAAACAUAGAACACCAUGAUAUACCUGCUACUGAGAAAUUUCAGGAUGCUAUCUCCUAAAUUUUUUUUCAGUAUAUUAAAAUUUCUCUUUUACCCUCUUCAUUCUUUUUUCUUCCAGUUUUAUGGAGAUAUAAUUGACAUACAGCACUAUGUAAGUUUAAGAUGUACAGCACAAUGAUUUGAAUUACAUAUAUCAUGAAAUGAUUACCAUGUAAGUUCAGUGCGCGUGUGUUUAGUCAUAUCCGAUUCUUUGUGACCCCAUGAACCAUAGCCUGCCAGGCUCCUCUGUCCAUGGAUUCUCCAGGCAAGAAUACUGGAGUGGGUUACCAUUUCCUUCUCCAGGGUAUCUUCCCAACCUAGAGAUUCAAACCUGGGUCUGUUGCGCAUUGGCAGGCCGAUUCUUUACCACUGCGCCACCGAGGAAGCCCCAAGUUCAGUGAACCAUCUUGUAUAGAUAUAUUGGGCUGGCCAAAAGUUUUGUUCAUUUUUUCCACAAGAUGGCGCUAGUAGAGCUUAGUUGUCUAGCUUCUUUUGAAACAAUUUUAUUAGAUUAAAAUAUUGUGACUGCUGUCAUAUCAGCAUGCAUUAAAAAAAAACAUCAAAAUUAGUGAAUUUUUAUAUUGCUAUUUUAAUAUUGAAGAUGAAGAAAAGCAACAUUCUUGGCAUAAUAUGCUUUAUUAUUUCAAGAAAGGUAAAAACACAACUGAAAUGCAGAAAAAGAUGUGUGCAGUGUGUGGGGAAGGUGCUGUGACUGAUGGAAUGUGUGAAAAGUGGUUUGCAAAGUUUCGAGCUUGAGAUUUCUCACUGGACAAUACGCCACAGUCGGGUAGACCCGUUGACGUUGAUGAUGAUCAAAUUGAGAAAUUAAUUGAGAACAAGCACUGUUACACCACAUGGUAGAUAGCUGACAUACUCAAAAUACCCAAACCAAGUGUUGAAAAUCAUUUGCACCACUCGUUAUGUUAAUUGCUUUGAUGUUUCAAUUCCACAUAAGUUAGGCGAAACAAACCUUCUUGAUGGUAUUUCCACAUGCAAUUCUCUACUGAAAUGUAAAGAAAAAUGUUCUGUUUUGAAAACAAGUUGUGACAGGCCAUGAAUAGUAGAUACUAUACAAUAAUGUGGAACAGAAGAGAUCAUGGGACAAGUGAAAUGAACCACCACCAACCACACCAAAGUCCGGUCUUCUUCCAAAGAAGGUGAUGUUGUGUAUAUGGUGGGGUUGGGAGUUUUCUGUCAUGAGCUCCUUCUGGAAAACCAAACAAUUGAUUCCAACAAGGACUGCUCCUAAUUAGACCAACUGAAAGCAGAACUCAACGAAUAGCAUCUGGAAUUAGUCAACAGAAAAUGCAUAAUCUUCCAUCAGGAUAAUGCAAGACCUCAUGCUUCUUUGAUGACCAGGCAAAAGCUGUUACAGCUAGGCUGGGAAGUUUUGAUUCAUGUACUGUGUUCACCAGACAUUGCCCCUUCGGAUUUCCAUUUAUUCUCUUAAUGGAAAAAAUUUCCAUUCCCUGGAAGACUGUAAAAGGCACCUGGAACAGUUCUUUGCUCAAUAAGAUAGAAAGUUUUGGGAAGAUGGAAUUAUGAAGUUGCCUGAAAAAUGGCCCAAGAUAGUGGAACAAAACGGUGAAUGUGUUGUUCAAUAAAG